CGAAACGAUGCAGCUCCGGAUUUGAAAAUUUCUUAUUAGACUGCACAAUUCUGCAAGCGUUUUCGUUCCCUUUGAAAACUUUUUCAGAAUUUUGAAAAAUUCUCAACAUUCGUUGACGUUGUAUUUGAAUGGGGACUUUGAACGUUUAGUUUUGGGGGGUCCAACGAUUGAAAGUAAAAAAUGGAAAUUAUGAGUGCAGAAAUCUUUUUUAAUUUAUAGAAAACUAGACUUUGCUGACUCUUUGCCUUCUUACCAAUUUUCAUACUUCAUGAGAUCCAACAUAUUUUAGUGUUUUUUUCGCUCGUGAAAUAAAAAUACUUAUCAUAUUGCUUCAUAGCAACUUAAGUUACGGGAUCUACGAUGUAUUUAUAAAUCCUCCAACGCAGUUAUUAUUUAACGAUGCAUAAUCAAGAGAGCCUCGUAUCGCGAACUACAAUUAAAUGAAAUUGCAGAAAUUAUGGCACUGAACAGAGAUUGCGAGAACUUUAAAAAGUAUCAAGCCACUCGAGGCUUCGGGAAACGGCAGUAUCUUUAUUGCUUUUCGAUCAAACGUACGCUCCAAUUUUAAACGGUCCCAUCCAAUGAUUUUUCGCUUUCAAUUUUCGUAAAUACUCAUUUUUCUUUUCGUCCUCCAGCAGAAUCGCACGGUUUAUACGGCCUUUUCGACUUGGUAUAAUUGCGUCUCUACCGAAAAAUGGCAGAUUUCGGCGUUUCGCCAGAAUAUGCAGGAACGAGCAAAGAUGGUUUGGACGGUCCGGAUCAGGUGUUGCCUUCUGAUGUUGACACAACGUGUGAACCCUCCGGAAGGGUUCGUAUAAAAUUCGACGACAACGAUCGCGCGCACGAGGUCAUGUCAGUCCCCGGCGUUCUUAUGAAGACUGUGAAAAGUUACGGUGAUCAAGUUGCACUGGUAUCGACUCCAGGAGUUGACGGAAAUAGCAAGACUUGGACUUGGAAGGAGUACGAAGCUGAGGUGAGAAUAGUCGCGAAAGCUUUUUUGAAGUUGGGCCUCGAGCGUUAUCACAGCGUUGGUAUUAUUGGUUUCAACUGCCCGCAAUGGUUCUUCGCGGAUAUUGCUGCUAUAUAUGCUGGGGGAUUUGCGACUGGAAUUUAUACGACUAAUUCGCCCGAGGCGUGUGAGUUUUGCGCAGAAAAUAGCAGAGCCAAUAUCCUCGUUGUCGAAGACAAUAAGCAAUUAGAUAAGAUUUUGAGCAUCAGAAAUAAAUUGACUCACUUAAAAGCCAUCGUGAAAAUCGAUGGGAAAUCGAAGGAAAAAAACGUUUACAGUUGGGAAGAGAUUCUACAGAUUGGCAAAGCCGAAUCGGACACCCAACUCAAUGCUGUUCUCAAAACUAUCGGUGCCAAUGAAUGUUGUACUCUAGUUUAUACGUCGGGGACAACCGGAAACCCGAAAGCUGUUAUGCUCAGUCACGACAAUUUGGUGCACGACGCCAGAGCAAUUUGUCAAAAGAUUGGUUUGCACAAGGGGCAAGAAGUAGUCGUUAGUUAUCUUCCAUUGUCGCACAUCGCAGCGCAGAUCGUUGAUAUAAUGGUGCCGAUGGCGGUGGCUGCGACAGUGUAUUUCGCAGAUAAAAAUGCAUUGAAAGGCUCCUUAGUCGAAACCCUGCUAGUGGCACGACCAACAGCAUUUUUAGGAGUGCCAAGAGUGUGGGAAAAAAUUUACGAAAAAAUGAUGGCUGUGGCACGCAGUAACGGAGCAAUAAAAACAUGGAUAGCGACGUGGGCAAAGGCCCAAGGACUGCAGUACCAUAUGAACAAAAUGAAUGGAAUCGAUUACAAAAGUUGGGGAUACGUCUUAGCAAAAGCUAUCGUUUUCAACAAAGUCAAAGCAAAUCUUGGAUUCGACAGAUGCAAAUUAUGCAUCACGGGGGCUGCUCCUCUCAGUGUGGACAUUCAAAAAUAUUUCAUGAGCCUCGAUAUACCACUCAUGGAGGUUUAUGGAAUGUCCGAAAGCACCGGAGGUCAUUCGAUCAACACUAACGAUAAUUACAGACUUGGCAGCGUGGGAACAAGUUUGCCUGGUUUUACGACGAAACUGGAUAAUCCCGAUGACACAGGUGAGGGAGAAGUCUGCAUGUCGGGACGGCACAUUUUCAUGGGCUAUUUGAACGAGCACGAGAAAACCAAGGAAUCGAAGGACGAUGCUGGAUGGCUGCACAGUGGAGAUCUCGGAAGACUCGAUGAUCGCGGUUACCUACAUAUAACAGGCCGCAUAAAGGAGCUCAUUAUAACAGCCGGAGGUGAAAACGUUCCUCCGGUACCGAUCGAACAAACUUUACUGGGCGAAUUACCAACGUUGAGCAAUGCGAUGUUGAUCGGCGAUAAGAGAAAAUUCCUGACAAUUCUAGUCACGCUGAAAACGGAUAUGGAUCCGGAUACUGGAGCUCCCCUCGACACUUUAACAGAACCGACACGAUCGUGGGCCACGUCGAUCGGAUCUGGUGCUACGACUGUUAAGCAAAUCUUAGACAACCGGGAUCCGGCAGUUCAUGCAGAAAUUCAAGAAGCUUUAAAUAGGACGAAUGCACGUGCAACGAGCAAUGCUCAAAAGGUCCAAAAGUUUCGGAUAUUGCCUCACGAUUUUUCGCUUCCAACUGGCGAGUUGGGACCAACGUUAAAAGUACGGAGGAAUAUAAUCGUCAACAAAUACGCGGAUCUCAUUGACGAGAUGUACGAAUAAUUCAAAUCGGAUCAAGUUUCUUUUCACUAUUUCAUUUGUAAUAUACAACUGAUGAUUUCAAUCUCGGGAGGGAUUCUGUUGAAUGUUCAUUUUUUGGAAUUCUGUACCAAGGAAGAAUUAAUUGUUUUGAUUUAUCUGUAGAAAUGAAUGCCAAUUAUUGUGUACUAGAAAUAUACGAAUAAACAACAUUUUCGUAAGACUCCAUAAACAAAAACUGCAAUUUAUGCUUUCCAAAGAAUGAGUAGAAAAAAAAAUUUAUAAAAAAGCAACCAAAAGUCAAUAAACUUGAAGUAACUUUUGUUCAA